AUGAUUGUUCCUGUGCGAUGCUUUACUUGUGGUAAAGUACUGGCGAAUAAAUGGGAAACGUACUUGGGUCUAUUACGUGCUGAUUAUACCGAACGUGAUGCAUUGGAUGAAUUAUCAUUAAAACGUUAUUGCUGUCGUCGUAUGAUGCUUACACACGUGGAUCUGAUUGAGAAACUCUUGCAUUAUAAUACUGGUGCUAUUGAACGAGGUGACGAUUAA